AUGGCAGAUGAUCACGCCCGAUGCACUUAUAACGACAUUCACAAGAUGAUUGCAAAGGCUGCUGAGCGGAUUCAGGCCGAAUUCAAGCCAGAUGUGAUUAUCGCGAUUGGAGGAGGUGGCUUUUUCCCUGCUAGAGUGAUGAGAACUUUCUUAAAAGACCCGGCCACAAAGAGAAAUAUUCCAAUCCAAGCUAUUGGAUUAUCCCUCUACGAGUCCUUGCCGGACACGACAGAGGAGCAACUCGGCCAGACCGUGAUCCGAACUCAGUGGCUCGGUCCCUCCAAAGGCCUUCUGGGCCGGCGUGCCCUCAUUGUCGAUGAAGUCGACGACUCGAGGACCACUUUGCACUAUGCCGUUACCGAGCUCCAGAACGAUAUUGAAAAGGAGCUCGAGACCUUGCCAGAGAGCGAACGUGAAGCUGCAAGGACAAAGUUUGCAAUUUUCGUGGUUCACAAUAAGCUGAAGCCCAAAGCAAAGGAUUUGCCCUCGAAUAUUCCUUACUACACUGGAGCCGAAGUGGGAGAUGUCUGGUACGUAACGUCCGUCUAUAGAACGAUAUCAUCUCAUACGUUGUAUCACAGGCUCGAUUAUCCUUGGGAAAUGAAGUAUGUUAUUCCAAAUUUGCUGUACACAGCUAUUGACACAUUGGCAGGGACAUUGAUGAGCACGACCGGUUGGCUGCCUUGA